AUGGAAUCGCCAAAAAAGACAAGACUUAUUGUUUUCAGUGCUAAGCAGUAUGACCGCCAUUUCUUUGACAUAGCGGCCUCUGAAAGCCACGGAACACUUUAUGACAUUGAGUAUUUGGAUUUCGCAUUGUCCUCAGAAACAGCUUCGCUGGCGCAAGGUUAUGAUGCUGUAUGCGUUUUUGUCAAUGAUACGCUUGACAAGGAUACUCUAAAGAUAUUGUGCGCCAAUGGAGUCCGCGCUAUUCUUCUCCGAUGUGCCGGUUUCAAUCACAUCGACCUUGUCGCUGCCAGGGAGUUGGGCUUGUUCGUUGCUCAUGUUCCAGCAUAUUCACCUGAAUCUGUUGCUGAAUUUGCUGUCGCAUUGGUUCAAACCUUGAAUCGUAAGACCCAUCGCGCCUUCAACAGGGUACGGGAAUCCAACUUCAACAUUGACGGUCUCAUGGGAACCACGCUUCAUGGAAAGACUGUGGGGAUCGUUGGCCUUGGACGCAUCGGUCUAGCGACUGCCCGAAUUCUCAAUGGAUUUGGCUGCAAGAUGCUAGCAUUUGAUGUGAAUGAAAAUGCCGAAUUUGCGCAAUACGGUUCGUUCGUUGAUCUCGAGCGACUGUUGGCAGCAUCCGAUAUCAUCAGCCUUCAUUGUCCACUAACUGAUUCAACGCGGCAUUUGGUCAACAAGGAGAGGCUGUCCAUAAUGAAGCCAGGGGCUUUAUUGGUCAACACAUCACGUGGCGGCCUGAUCGACUCAAGGGCAGUUCUCGAGUCUCUCAAGUCACAUCAUCUCGGCGGACUAGCACUGGAUGUGUAUGAGGCUGAGAGAGGGUUAUUCUACAAUGACCACUCGGGACAGAUCAUCGACGACGACGUUUUGAUGCGCUUGUUGUCCUUCCCAAAUGUCCUUAUUUGCAGCCACCAGGGAUUCUUCACUAACGAAGCCCUGACCGAAAUCGCCAAUAUCACAUUUGCAAAUCUUAGUGACUUUAUUGAGCAUCGUCCGUGUCCCAGGGCCCUGGUGGCAGGAGGGCAGAUCGAUAGUGCGGUGAGAGUUGAGCCCGUGCGUUUGUAA